CGAACAAAUAACUACCAAAAGAACCCACCAGUUCUUUAUCCUCGGGUUAUAAGGGGUCUUUUUUUGUGGAGUUGACAUCUUUGGAAGCAAAGCUAGUAUCGAGUCCAGAGACUGGCGUGCUACCAACAAUAACCUCUUCCCCACGCCCAUCAGAUAUCCAAAAAAAACUGUUUCUCCAUCUGGACGAGAUACAUCUCCGCCAUCAUGUGCACGUACCAAUACAUGGAGUACAGCUGCGGCCACUGCAGGACCAUCGUAUCGGAGUGGUGCAGCCGGUACAGAGGAGCACUGCAGUCACAUAUCAGAUGCCGACCAGAGAUCCGCUAUCAUACCACCAACGACUCCCUCUGUUCUUAUUGUAAAGAGCAACAACUGCCAAAGCCUGCCUGGAUGCCUUCCAAGCCACAAGAGGGCUCACGGACGUACUUGAGCUUCUACAAGUCUCGCUGACGGAGUUUUCCGUCAUGUUAAUUAUCAGCUGUUCACGUGGCUGGGAUACAUGUGGCUGCCCUUGUAAUAUGACAAUAAGCUUGUAGGAUGACG